AUGUUGUUAGCCCUCGACGAAGCUGGUAUAUUGAUUGACAGAAAGAAUAAUAAAGGUAAUUUUUAUCACUUACUGAGGGCACUACAGGCUAUUCCACAUGGGGGUGAUGCCUGUUUUAUGGCACUUUUCACAGAUACACUCUCAAGAGUCUCAAACUUCUCUCCUGCCAAACGUCAUGACCCAUCUACCAGAGUCGGUGAUGGAGAGAGACUGUACAAACCAUUUUACCUUCUUGAUGUAUUUGACUGCCGCAUGCAACGACCAGCAAAUAUUACAGUUUCGUCAUCAAUAGCUCAAAUUCGCAAUAUGGGACGACCUCUUUGGGCAGAUGUUGAUGAAGGAGCUAUUAUAGAAUUUGCCAUGGAGAAAAUCCUCUGUGACAGAAAAAAAGCCAGAGAAAUAUACGAAGCAAAGCGUACUGUGGUUAUCGAAAAGGUAACAGAAGCACUAGCAAUUCUUGGACCACGGCUCUAUUUAGAAAUCUCGAGCCUUUCGCAGCAAGCAUCCGAGUUAGUCAGUAGCCAUAUGAGAAUCUUGCGCCAUGUUGAUGAGACACGGGAAUCUCUUGUCACUACAUCCCCAAGUGAACCUGUGCUAGCUGAGGCUGCAAGCCAUAUCAUGAACUGUUCUGGGAUUCUCGUGCAAGUUUUGGACCACUUAGUCAGCUCAAUCAGGAAUCACGUUGUUGUCAAUGCAGGUGAUCAGGGUGAACUUGUUGGCAGGAUCUUGUGUCUUCUGGCAAUUGACAAAGCUAUGCAGUCAAAAUCCAAACUCUGGAACAUGUAUUCACAGCCCACCACUGUUCAAGAAUUUUUCGAUGCACUUGUUGGUUCGGAGUCUUGCAAAAAGCUUAGUCCGAUUUUUACUAAACAAGCCAACAGCAUAACGCUUCGCAAUAGCAAGAUUAGGUUUAAUCAUUUUGCAUACGUGGAGUUCACUCCCACACGGCUAGAUCUUAUCGAAUUUUUCUUUCGCGGCGCAGCAAUUUUUUGUAAGCGAAAUCAAAAAGGAGUGGAUAUUAUCAUUCCAGUUGCCAUGGUUCGAGAUGAUGAUACUCCAAUCACAGAGAAGAACAUGACGUUCAUUGAUAUCCAAGUCAGGAAUCGUGAAGCUGAUGGUUCAACUGGUGACAAAGAUCAGCAAGAAGAGAGUGCGCAAUCAUUUAAACGACAGAAGAUGGAUAAUAUAUUCAAACAAACAGCUCGCUAUAUUGGCAUUGAUGACUGCAAACCCUUCCCUCUGCCUUACCUUGGGAUUUACAUGAGUCUUGGAGUGGAAUCUGAAGGUAUUGAAUACAAUAGCACUUUAGACAUUGGAGUGACAACACGAACAGAUGCCAAGGACAGUAUGGGACAUUUGAGCAUUUAUGGACUCUCAAAAAAUGUGUAUGCAUGUUUCAAUGGUGCAGACGACAUAAUAGAAUCACUGUUGCACAAGUUGUUGAUAUCUUAUGUUGAUCCCAUUGAAAAAGAAAAUGGUAUUCUGUGGGGUGGACAUAAAGCAAGUGAUGAAUGGGUCCGACAGUGCAAAGUGAUUGUGAAGAAUAUGGAACCUUUACGGUAUAAUCAAG